UGUAGUAUUCACGUCAUAUCUUGCCUUCGUUCGCUUUGUUUUUAAUUAUGAACUUUUUGUACGAGUGUAUAUACCGUUUCGUUUGAUGUGCUUUUGUUUAAUGUAGUUCUCUUUAGGACUUGUAAGGAAAAUGUUAUUGUGAAGUGACAUUGACUGUGGUUUUUGUAUUUGUUUUGUGUGACUGUUCGUUGAAUUGACAAAAUGAUGAUGGAUCAGGCUCACUUUGGGGAGUAUUUGCUGAGACAGCAGAUGUUGCAUGCAGCGUCCCUAAGCGGAUUGCAACACCGCGUGGGCGCGGACGCAGAGCCGCCGGCGUGCGAGGCGCGGCUACUCAAUGGAGAUCUGUGGAGACGGUUCCACGACAUUGGUACCGAGAUGAUCAUCACCAAAGGUGGACGACGCAUGUUCCCGUCCCUCCGGGUAUCUCUUGCCGGAUUAGACCCACGUGAGGAGUACUGCGUUCUCCUUGAACUGUCACUAGUGGGGCGCCGUCGUUGGCGAUGGGCCGGAGGAGCUUGGGCAGCGGCAGGUGGCGCGGAACCCCAGUCCCCUAGAAGGCUGAUGUUACACCCUGACUCGCCAGCUCCUGGUCAUCAUUGGACUGCUAAUCCGGUGUCAUUCAGCAAACUCAAGCUUACAAAUAACACUAUGGAUGCACAAGGACAUAUGGUCCUUACAUCAAUGCACAAAUACAGACCGAGAGUACUAAUAGUUCGAGCGCGGGACGCUGCCGCGCUGGCCUGGGGCGCGCCUCAUGCCGCAUUCUCAUUCCCGGAGACGGAAUUCAUAGCUGUCACCGCUUACCAGAAUGAUCGUAUCACGAAAUUGAAGAUCGACAACAAUCCGUUCGCCAAAGGGUUCCGCGCUUGUGGGCAGUCUAAAUGUAAAAGAAAGAGCACAGAGCCAGGCAUGGACAGUACAGAGCAGUCAAACACAGAAUCCAGUGAAGCGAAGCGGCCGUGUUCUGAUGCCGCGUCUUCCUGCUCAGAGGAAGGGAGCUUACGGUCGUCAUCGCCGAGGUCACCGCCGCUAGUCGAGUCGCCCGCACCUCUCGUUGCACCUCCUGAAAAUAUUACCCCUCCUCCCGGGCCAUUGUACCCACCUGAACUGCAAUACUUAAGUCCUCUUCAUAUGCCUAUACCAUUGGGUCUUUGGCCAAGUAGUGCUAUACAUAAUGGAUUCACGUGGGGACCAUCUCUACCGGCUCCUCCGCCACGAGUACCGACCCCACCCCCCGCGGCUCCGGCGCCUUGCCGCCGCAUCAAGAGUUUCACGAUUAGUGCUCUGCUCGGCGAAGGUUGACUUUUUAUUAAUUUUAUUUGUAAGUAUUGAAAAUGAUAUUGAGGGACUAAAAUUGACUUGCAAUAUAUUAAAUACGACAAACUAGUGAUAUAAGUA